AAAGUAUAAUCAUUUAUGUACGAAUAUCUUUCACUGUUGAAACUGAAUUCCUUGAUUGGUUGUUCAGCAAUCGAUUAUUGUGCUGAUAGUCCAUGUGGAAAUGGUGAAUGUCUGUUGGAAGGAGCAAGUUUCAGAUGUGCAUCUACGCUGGAUACAAGGGGGAAUACAUGUGAAGACGAAAUUGACUUCUGUGUCCCGAAUCCGUGUGUUCAUGGGAGUUGUACAAAUUUACUCACUGGAUAUAAAUGCAACUUGCCAAUGUUGCGUUACAGUGGCGACAAUUGUGAUGAAAUGAUUAACUACUGUGAUCCGAAUCCAUGUAAGAACGGUGAUUGUAUACAAGAAUUGGGUGGAUUUAAAUGUGAUUGUGGAAAGCUUGGAUUAACGGGAACAUUUUUGCGAAGAAGUGGACUUUUGCAACCGAACCCUUGCCUAAAUGGCGAAUGCCAAAAAAAGCAAACUGGAGUGGGAUAUCAAUGUGUUUGUGAGAAGGAUAUUCGGGGAAAGACUGUGAUACAAAAAUUGAAGUUGAUCCAUGUGACGCCUUCUCCAUGUCAGAACGGAGGUACCUGUGUGUCAGUAUACUCAAAAUACUGGUGUGUGUGCAAAAUCGGGUAUCGCGGUACCAACUGUGAAUCAACAGAAGAUUGGAAUGUUUACAGCGAAUGUACGAAAACCUGCGGUGGUGGAAGCAGAUAUAAGGUGGCGAAAUGUGAAGCAGAUGACAUAAAAAUAUGUCCCCGUAUUUACGAACCUUGCAAUCAGCAUUCUUGCGAUGAAGUACCUUGUGCAUUCAUACCCGGCAUGGCGUACAGAUAUAAAAGUACCACGGAAUGUUGUUCUGUGCCUUCCGGAAAAAGAGUUUGUGGUCAAACAGGAUCUGCUGAAAUUACUCGACGUAUCAUAGGCGGAAUCUUGGCGGAUCAUGGACAAUGGCCGUGGGCGGUACUGCUACAUAUUGCUUCUUCGCGAUAUUCGAAUUCUACCUGCGGAGCUACUUUAAUUCAUGAACAAUGGGCAGUCACUGCAGCGCACUGUAUGGAAGAAAUUGCCGCUAGCGCAAUUACAGCCAUUAUGGGGACAACAAAUCCGUCUAAGCAUCAUUUGAGCAUGCAAGCAAGAAAAAUUAAAAGAAUCAUCGUUCACAAAGACUAUUCAUUUCCAACUGCAGACAUCGCCCUCAUUCAGUUUGAUUCACCAGUUCCAAUAGGAGAAUUCAUCAAUCCUAUUUGCCUGCCAAAUGGCGAAGUUACGGAUGACGACAAGCUAUGUCGAGCAGCCGGCUGGGGCGUUGCGCGAGUGCAAGAUAUUAUCUCAGGAAUACCCUCUGACGAUUUAAUGGAAGUUGGUUUGAAAAAGUUGAAUUUGAAAGUUUGUAUGUCUGGAUAUGCUGGGUCAACGACUGGUCAAUAUAUUAAUUCCAAAAUGCUGUGUGCUGGAAGCAUCACCGGUAUGGUUGAUACCUGCAUGGGCGACAGUGGCGGUCCACUUAUGUGUCAGAGAUGCGGUGGGUGUUCGUGGUAUUUAUCAGGAAUUACGUCAUUUGGCGCCAGGCACUGUGGAUCUCCAAACAAACCGGGAGUGUAUACUGAUGUGUUGCAGUAUGAAAAGUGGAUUCGUAGCUUUGUGCCGCUGGCAGAACCCGCUGAAAAAUUCAAGUGCAGCAAAUAGUCAGAAAUGCAAAUCUCAAUUUAAUCAUUCUGAGGCUGUGAAUGGCAUCAUCUGCAUAACUUUUUGGGUGAAAAUGAACCUCCAGUUCCAUACUUAUCGCUUGCACAUUUCCGAUAUCUUCGCCCAGUCUUAAGCAUCGAAUUGCAUUUAUACCAAACGCAAGUAUCAUUUUCUGGUAUUGGUUAUAUUUACAUUUAGUGAUAUAAUAGAUUUUAUCAAAAUAUUAUGCAGCGUGAAUAUCUAUAGAGGAAAUAAAAUGCUCAUAUUUUACCGCGA